AUGGCCUACCUACGUCAAAAGCAAGCUGCUGCACUAAUGAAUCACAUCAUCAACGACAACAAGAACAAUUACAAGAUAAUCAUCGACAGCGUCAACGGGGAUGACCACACACCGGAUUGCGGUCCGAACCAUCAAAAGACCGAGCAACCCAUCCGGUUCUCCUCGUCCUCUCCGGGACCUUUCCAACCUCUCCGCGGGCCUCCGUCCCCUUGGUCCCUGGGCGCACCUCGACCUGCACGCACCUAUACCCGCCUCCGACGUCGCGCCCGGAGACUUGGCUUGGUUCUCGCCCUGAUCACCGCCGUCUACCUCGCCGACCGUCAGAUGUACGCCUCGGGCCUGGCCCGGUCUGUGCGCACUUUUGCGACGGGCUUGCUCGUGGCCCUCGAUUACAAGAUCAACUUCCGCCCGGAGCCUCUCCCCCUGGUCGGCCAGCCCGGAGGCAUCCCCGCCCUCCACCGCCGCAGUGCCGAGCGUCUCUCGGACCUCCUCCGCCACAAUGGCGGCCUCUACCUCAAGAUCGGUCAGGCCGUGGCUAUGCAGAGCGCCCUCCUACCCCCGGAGUUCCAGCGCAUGUUUGCCCGCAUGUUUGACGAUGCGCCCAGCGUUCCCUGGGCUGAGGUCGAGCGUGUGAUCCGCCAGGACUUUGGUGGUAGGUCUCCGGAGGAGGUCUUUGGCGUCCGCUUCACACUGCCAGCAUCAGUCGUCGCCGGUGACCAAGGCGGGAAGAGGGGGGGUCUCAUGGAGCGCACCGCGCGUGCCAGCGCCAGCGUGGCACAGGUACACUGGGCCAGACUGCCCGACGGGAGGGAGGUCGCCGUCAAGAUACAGAAGCCAGACAUAAAGAAGCAGAUCUCCUGGGACCUGUGGGCUUUCAAGGUCGUCACAUGGGUAUACUCGCGCUGGUUCGACCUGCCCCUCUACUCCCUCGUCCCCUUCAUCACGGAGCGCCUCGAGCUCGAGACCGACUUCCUCAACGAGGCCCAGAACUCCGAGACCAUGCGCCAGCUCGUCGCGUCGGAACCUUGGCUGCGUGGCCGCGUCUACGUGCCCCCCGUCUACCCGGAGCUCUCCUCGGCCCGCGUCCUGACCACAGAGUGGAUCGAGGGUGUCCGGCUCUGGGACAGGGACGCCAUCACCGGCCCCUGGCUUGGUCCCCGGGGUGCUGGCUCUCCCGGGGUCACAGGGGGCGGUACACCUCUCGAGGCACCCACCCACCAGCAGCAGUCUUUUGUCCGCAACAACAACAACAACAACAACGAUAGAGACAAGGACAAGGACAAGCACGACGCCCCCCUCAAACCAGACAGGACGACGGCAUGGCGAGGCCCCGCGGGCAAGGGCGGGCUGGGCUUGUCGGAGCGCGAUGUGAUGGCGACCAUGGUGGACCUGUUUGCGGCGCAGAUCUUCCGCUGGGGCGUGGUGCAUUGCGACCCGCACCCGGGGAACCUCUUUGUGCGCCGGCUCCCGUCCGGACGCGCCGAGCUCGUCCUCAUUGACCACGGCCUGUAUGUGCGCCUCAGCCCGCAGUUCCGCCGCCAGUACGCCGAUUUCUGGACGGGCCUCCUCACCUUUGACAACGCCGCCAUCACCCGCGUCACUGCCGAGUGGGGGAUCCGCGCCCCGGACCUGUUCGCCAGCGCCACCCUCAUGCGCCCCUACGAGGGCGGCUCGCAGGAGACCAGAAAGGGACUCCUCCAGGCCGGCGACAAGACGACGACGACGACGACGACGACGACGACGACGACGACGACGACGACGGCCGCCGAGAGGCACUACGAGUUGCAGAAGCGCAUGAAGCAAGGCAUCCGCGAGAUCCUUGCCGAUGAGGACAAAUGGCCCAAGGAACUUCUCUUCAUCGGCCGCAACAUGCGCAUCGUCCAGGGAAACAACCAGUACAUGGGCAGCCCCGUCAACCGCGUCAAGAUCAUGGGCUACUGGGCCAGCGCCAGCCUGUCUGCCGACCCGGGCCCUGUUGAUGCUGCUGCUGCUGGUUCUGGUGGUAGCACUACUGGUGGUCUUGUCGUGACCUUGCGCCACACUCUUGCCGCUCGCUGGCGCCACCUCGUCUUCCGCGCCGUCCUGUGGGGUACUGACGUCGCCUUUUAUUUCUUUCGUCUCCGCCAGUGGCUGGGCCUGGGCCUCGGGAUGGAGGACGAGAUCGAGAACAGCAUGAGGAGCAUGGCCAGGGAUAUGGGUGUGGAACUUCAGCACGACCUCUUUGAGGGCUGA